AUGUUACCUUGGUCUCCAACGUCAUCUGCUACUUCAAGUAGUCGGCAUGUCCACACUAGGGAUGAGAUAUCGCACUUUUGGGAUUAUUUGGAGUCACAACUAGAGCCUUGUGAUUGUACCGACGAGGCGAAGGUUAAUGAAGCUUUAGUUUGCUAUUUACAGAUUGCCACUGAAAGUUACCAUGAUUAUAUAGUGAAUGAUCAGGACCUAUACCGUACUGCGCUCACAAUAAUCAAAUCCGAGGUCUUUGAGAGUAACAGGGAGUUUUGUAUUUCGAAGAUGUUGUCACUUGUGAGCAUUGAAACUUUAGAAAUGAAUAUGAAGUUCAUUAUAUGCUAUAUUCUAUUGUGUCAUUGUAAGUCAGAUGCUUCUUCCCUUGAUUAUAUGUUGGAGUACCAAGGUUUUACGGUGAUUUAUAAUUGCCUCUACAGCCAAUUUGCGUAUUUGGACAAAUAUGACGUUGAGGAUAAUGGACGGGGACGAGAGCUUCCGACAGAGCCGGUGACAGAUCUUGACCUUGAAAUAGUUGAGGACUUUAAGAAGAUUUCUACAGUGCUACUUGAUCUUUUAUUUCAGAUAUUGAAGUAUUCUAAAUGCGAGCACAGCAGUUUACAGAAGGUUGAUAGCUUCUUUGUCUGCUAUAUGAUGAGAACUGUGAGGUCAGACUCUCUAGAUGAUAUAUUCAGCAAUUCUAAGUUUAGGGUGUUGCUUGCAUUGAAUGAGCAGUACAUGAUUUCCUUACAGAAGGAGGAUCUAAAUAAUCUAGUAUUGGAGUAUCUUUUGAACGAUGAAAUUUCGAGGAACUUCGUGGAAUUGUUAUUACUACAGUUUAAUAGAGUGGUUGAUAAGCCGCUACAGAUAAUGAUGUGCAAAUUGAUCUACCUUGUUUUAUCCCUGGAUAAAGAAACUGCGCUGCACUUCUUCUAUGUCAACGAUUUGCAUGUCUUCAUAGAUGUUCUUAUUAGAAACCUAACAAAUAUAUCAGAAGAUGAAGAGGGACUCCGAAAUACCUUCCUAAGGGUUUUAUAUCCACUUCUCAAAAAUACGGAAUGGUCUAGUACAUAUUACCGUAUGGAGGAUUUGGUGAAGAUAUUGGAUCACCUUUCAUACUUAGAUAACAUAUGCCAAACAAAUGAAGUGAAACCAGAACACCUUGUAACAUCCAAGUUGUCUUUGAAAUGCUUAAAUGAAAUAAAACUAAUGAGCCAACAGGGCCAGUCAGAAAAGACUAUUAGAAAUAAGAACGAUUACUCACGACGUAAGUUAGAUAAAAAUGGUAACCUCGCGUAUGUGGAAUUAAACAAAAGAAGAUCACCGCCAGCACCUCCCCCACCUCCCCAGUCAUGA